AUGUCGAACUCCGAAAGUCCAGCCAACGUCUGGUACGAAGCCAACUGCCACUGUGGAGCCAUCAAGUACAAAGUCAACGUACCAUCGCUGGAAACGCAGAAAGUUACCAACUGCAACUGUUCGAUCUGCUGCAAAAACGGUUAUCUCAACGUCUAUCCCAAGCGUACCGACGUGGUGUUCCACAAGGGCGAAGAUCAUAUGAAAGGGUAUCUCUUCGGAGAGGAGAGAUGCAUGCAUAAAUUCUGUCCGACAUGCGGAUCGUCUCUGUUUGUGGAUCCUCACAUGGAUGAUCCCGAAUUGAUAGUGGUAAAUGUACGGAUGUUCAAAGAUAUUGACGUGGAUAAGUUGGAGCUGUGGAAGUACGAUGGGUUCAAUAGAUUACAGCCUCGAUAUGACGUAUGA